ACAUGGUAGUGCACCACAUAGGGAUCAGGGUGAAUAGAUGUCUGUUUGGGAUGCAGCCCAACUGAUUACAGGUAGACUUUGGCCCUGGAGGGACUGUUACAGGAAGAGACAGACCGGAGCGCUGUGGAAGAGGAGGGUAACAUGGAUCAAUCGAAAAGAAGCAGUGAAGUCCAACUCCCACCGCCCUACUCUCAGGACGAUGGUCAACAGAACACCUAUGGCCAAGAGAACACCUAUGGCCAAGAGAACACCUAUGGCCAAGAGAACACCUAUGGCCAACAGAACUACAGUUCUCCCCACUACGGUCUGAACGUUGGCCCUGGCAACAUAGCGGUGGUCUCACCAGCGGGUCAGUAUAACGACAUGGGUCAGGGUCAUCCCGAGGACCAACAACAACAAUGGGCUGCUCCACUACCACCUGACUAUUCCACCGGGCUGGAGGACACCGGCUGCUUUGAUGACAAAGCCAUAAGAAGAGGCUUUAUAAAGAAGGUGUACCUGACUCUGAUGAUUCAGCUUCUAGUCACCUUUGGGAUCAUCUGUGCCUUUCUGUAUUGGGAGGCUCUGAGGCUCUGGUCUAUGAAGACCUACUGGUUUUCUUCCUGCAUGAUAGCAGUGGUGAUUGUCAUCAUCAUUUCCUUGUCCUGUUGUGCCAAUAUACGUCGGAAGGUCCCACUCAAUUUCCUAGCCUUGGGACUGUUUACCACUGCAGAAGGUCUACUGCUGGGCUCUGUGACUGUGUUCUAUGAGGCGGAAGCUGUUAUGUGGGCUGUGGGCGCCACAGCACUGGUCUCCCUGGCUCUGAGUGUCUUCGCCAUGCAGUCCAGAUGGGACUUCACCUUAGCCAGUGGGGGCUUGUGGGUGUUCUGUUGGACACUCAUAUCCUUUGCAUUGUUGUGUGGAAUCAUGCGAUCCCAGUAUGUGUACAUUGUGUACGCUUGCCUGGGAACCUUGCUAUUUUCUUUGUACCUGGUAAUGGACACUCAGCUCAUACUGGGCGGGAACCACAAAUACAGCAUUUCACCAGAGGAGUACAUCUUUGCUGCUCUCAACCUGUACCUGGACAUCAUCUCUCUGUUCACCAUGCUACUGGCACUCAUUGGACUCAGCCGUUAACUUAAUACGCUGUUGUCACGUCAGAUAGCGCAACAAGCCACCUGCCCUGAUGUAGUUGAGGGACGAGCGUGGAGUAGGAAAUUAGGAUAAUGCCUUUUUAAAAAUGAAAUCAAAUGAAAUGUAUUGGUCACAUACACGUAUUUAGCAGAUGUUAUUGAGGGUGUAGCGAAAUGCUUGUGUUCCUAGCCCCAACAGAAAUGCUUGUGUUCCUAGCCCCAACAGAAAUGCUUGUGUUCCUAGCCCCAACAGAAAUGCUUGUGUUCCUAGCCCCAACAGAAAUGCUUGUGUUCCUAGCUCCAAUAUAAAUGCUUGUGUUCC